AUGUCUGAUGAGUUGACAUUACCACAGGUUGUUGAUGACUUGGAAGAGGUCCAUGGGUUCAGACGGACAUUCGAGGACAUUUUCUGCGGAACCGUGGGCGGCAUCGCGCAGGUCUUAGUGGGACAGCCGUUUGACAUUGUGAAAGUCAGAUUACAAACGUCGGCAGUGCCGACUACGGCUGUAGAGACUAUACAAAGCUUGGUAAGAAACGAAGGAUUGCUGGCGUUUUACAAAGGUACAGCAGUGCCGUUGGUUGGCGUGGGAGCAUGCGUUUCGUGUCAGUUUGGAGUUAACGAGACUAUGAAGAGAUACUUUCAUGCGCUCAACGGCGGUGACAACCCUCAUUUGAAGCUGAGCCAAUAUUAUAUGUGUGGUUUCAUCAGUGGUACAGCUAACGCUUUUCUAGCUACUCCCAUCGAACAUGUGCGUAUUCGUUUGCAGAUUCAGAAGAAAGCACGAGGGAAGGGACUAUAUCGGGGGUCGCUGGACUGCGCUAGACAAUUACUAAAGGCUGGGGCUUUGAUGAGGGGGUUCACUGCAACUACUAUGAGAACAUCCCAUGGGUUCGGUGUCUAUUUUUUGACUUAUGAGGCCCUCGUGGCUAACCAAGCGCAUCGCGGAGUACCGCGCGAAGCGAUCCCAGCUUGGAAGGUUUGCAUUUUUGGUGCUUUCUCCGGAGCCUUUUUUUGGGCUAUGACAUAUCCAUUUGACGUAGUGAAGUCCGUGAUGCAAGCAGAUGACCUGACGAAACCUGUCCAUGGACGCAACGCUUUGACGGUGGCCAGAUCGAUUUACAAAGAGCGUGGCCUCAGUGCCUUUGCCAAGGGCUUCAUGCCUACCAUGCUUCGAUCACUACCCGUGAACGGCGCUACCUUUGCCGCUUUCGAAUUAUCCAUGCGCUUAAUCAGGUAA